UCUUUACUUUCUUUCUCUUCUUCUUCUUCUUGUAUUACUGCAACUUCUCCAUGGAGUUUGUGGCCGAUUCACGCAUUGUCAACACUAACUCCAACUCCAAAGUGCCACAAAACACCAUCACUCACCCUCCUUGGUAUUCAUCAAAAACUGGAACUUACAAUAGUACUCAUUCUCCUAGGAACCUUCCAACCGACCCUUUUCUCGAUGUUGUUUCCUUCAUUUUUUCUCACCCUCAUGAUGGAGUUAUGGCUCUUAUUGAUUCCUUAUCCGGGUCUUCCAUUGCUUACUCCAACUUGUUUCCUUUAGUCAAAUCCAUGGCUUCUGGUCUUCGUAAAAUGGGUGUUUCACAAGGUGAUGUUGUUCUGCUUUUACUUCCCAAUUCAAUCUACUAUCCCAUUGUACUAUUGGGUGUAAUGUAUCUAGGUGCUGUUGUUACACCAUUGAAUCCUCUUAGCAGUGUUGCUGAAAUUCGUAAGCAAGCUAAUGAGCGUGGUGUGAGUUUUGCUUUUACUAUACCCGAAAAUGUAAAGAAACUGGAGUCAUUCAGCAUUCCAAAUAUUAUUGUGCCACAAAAUGAAAAGGAUAUCAAGUAUAAUUGUUUCUCUUGUUUCUUUAACCUUAUUUUUGGUAACUCUGAUUUGGCUCAAAGGCCAGUUAUUAAACAAGAAGACACUGCUGGUAUAUGGUAUUCUUCUGGUACUACAGGUGUUAGCAAAGGAGUUGUUUUAACACAUGGAAAUCUAAUUGCUAUGGUUGAACUAGGUGUGAGGUUUCAAGCUUCUCAAUAUGAAUACUCUUUUUCUAAAAAUGUGUUUCUAGCUGCUUUACCAAUGUUCCAUAUAUAUGGUUUAUCGUUCGCUGCUACCGGAUUAUUGUCGUUGGGUUCUACAGUUGUUGUAAUGAGGAAAUUUGACAUUGAUGAGGCUGUUAGGGUGAUUCAUAAAUACAAUGUUACACAAUUUGACGUUGUUCCACCCAUAUUAGUGGCACUGAUAGCAAAGGCGAAGGGUGUCAAUGGAAGUAAGUUGCAGAGUUUGAGACAUAUUUUAUCUGGUGCUGCGCCUUUAACCGCAAAAAUUAUAAAUGAUUUUGUCCAAGUUUUCCCUAAUGUCGAUUUAAUACAGGGUUAUGGAAUGACUGAGUCGGCUGGAAUAGGUUGUCGCGGAUUCAAUACUGAAAAGUUUCGUAAGUAUUCUUCACUGGGAUUGUUAGCUCCAAACAUGGAGGCAAGUGUGGUAGACUUGAAUACUGGUGCACUUUUGCCCCCGGGAAGACGCGGCGAGCUUUGGUUGCGAGGGCCUUCGAUUAUGAAAGGAUAUUUAAAUAAUGAGGAAGCUACAAUGUUAUCAAUUAAUAAAGAUGGUUGGCUUAAUACCGGAGAUAUUGUUUAUUUUGAUGAGGAUGGAUAUUUAUAUUUAUGCGAUCGUAUGAAAGACAUGAUCAAAUUCAAGGGCUGUCAGAUUGCUCCUGCUGAUUUAGAAGCUGUGUUAAUUUUGCAUCCUGAAAUUGUUGAUGUUGCCGUUGUAGGUUUCAAGGAUGAAGAAGCUGGAGAGAUUCCGGUAGCAUUUGUGGUCAAGAAAGUUGGAAGUGUACUUUCCAUGAAGAAUGUUAUCGAUCAUGUUGCAGAGCAGGUUGCUCCAUACAAGAAAGUUCGGAAAGUCGUCUUCACCGACAAGAUACCGAGGUCUAUAACUGGAAAGAUUCUUCGAAGGCAACUCGGGAAUGACUUGUCUGCUUAACUUGAAGGCAUUUCUUUAUGUGAUAUUGAAAAACUACCAAAGACGAUGCAUGGAAAGUUAUCAUAGCAUGAAAUCGGUUGGUUAUGAUUGUUUUUGUGCAUCCAUUGUUAGUGUUAUUAAAGGAAUGAAGAACAUUGCA